UACGGUUCGCUCAGGGGCUGCAGCCUAGCACCGACGCUUCCCCGUUCUGAGCCGCGGACUGCGCUUCAUUGACUGACUCUGGAGACGUGCAUUGACAGCCAUGUCUCAAGAGGACAGUAUGAGUUUCAAUGAACUUUUCAGAGACGUCAAAUUCUACCUGGUGGGGGACAUUGACCAUAAGGUUGUGCAGCUUCUGAAGGCAGGAAAAGGGAAGGAAGUGUCUUACAAUGCCCUCGCCACUCACAUCAUUGCAGAGGACGGAGACAACCCAGAGGUGGGCGAGUCCAGGGAGGUAUUUGAUCUGCCGGUUGUCAAGCCAUCCUGGGUGACUCUUUCAGUCCGAUGUGGAGACCUGUUACCAGUAACUGGAUUCUCCCCUGAAUCAGAACAGAUAUUCUUUGGUGUGACAGCUUGUCUUCCCAGGCUUCCAGAUGAUCUAUACACCUUGUGGGCUUACAUUACCUUUUAUGGAGGAGAAUGUCAGCUUAAUCUCAACAAGAGGGUCACCCACUUAGUGGUUAAGGAAUCAAAAGGGGCAAAGUUUGAGUGUGCCCUGAAACACUCUGGUAUCAAGAUUGUUACCCCGGACUGGAUCACAGAUUCUGUUAAAGACAAGAGCAGGAAGGAUGAGGCUCUGUAUCACCCUAGACUAAUAUACGUGGAGCCUGAGGAAGAAGAAGAGAGUGAAGCAGAGUCGUAUGAACAGCACUCUCAUUCAGACGGAAGCUACAGCCCUCGACGAACCCAGCUCUCCAGCUGUGACUCGUCUGGUGAUUCCAGUCCCAGAAGAAGACCAGGCCCCAAAAAACUUAAUUCUGUGUCUCCAACGCCCCUCCGAAAACCUGAGCGCCGCAGUGAGCGUAUGUUCGAUGACUCGGACGAUGAUUCCCCGAUAGAGAAGGAGGGCCCCAACCUCAACUGGACGCCUGCUGAGGUUGUUACGCCAACUCCCCCUAUUCUGACCGGCACAGCUAGACGUCGGGCUGGGCCACCCACCAACAAAGACUCAACGUCAUCUACAGGCAGUGGGCUGAUCAACCUCUGUGCUACUGUGCCUCCUGUACCUGGCAGUGGGGGAGCAUCACCUGCAGAGGCCCUCCCUGGUGCUGUUGCCAUCAGUCAAAGCACACAGCAAGUUCCAGAAAGCUGGAGUCCAGCCGCCAGAACCCUCCGCAACAUUACUAACAGCUCUGACAUGCAGCCAGCCAAUCGACCUGUCAACAUAGUACAUAUCAUUCAGAAUCUCACAGCCAAUCAGUCAAAGCCACUGGAGCAGCAGAGCAACCAGAGCAAUGCUCAAACCCCCAAUAGUGCCAACCCUAUUCUGUUCAGUCAGUCCAAAUUAGCUGCAGAGCAGCAUCAACACUUACUGCAACAGUCACACCAGGCUGUCCAGCAACAGCAUCAACAGUUACCACAGCAACCACAACAUCCUAUAAUGCAUCUACAACAACAACAACAACAGCAGCAGCAGCAGCAGCAUCAGAUGAUGCCACUACAUCACCAUCAACAACACAAUCAACAGCAACAAUCCCAAGUUGCACAGCAACAAAGUUUCCCGCAGUUGCCCCAACAGCAGCAACAGUUUCUACAGCAACAACAACAACAACAACAUCAACAACAGCAAAUGCAGCAACAAAUGUUUUCACAGCAGCAGCAAGCAUUCUCCCAGCAGCAGCAGCAGCAGCAGCAGCAGCAGCUGCGGCCACAGCAGCUCCUGCGCCCUGGUUUACAGCAGCUCCAACAGCAACAAGCUCUGCAGCAACAGCUUCAACAGUUCCAACAACAGCAACGUAUGCAAAUAUUACAGCAACAGCAGAAUCCACAGCAGUUACACCAACAACAUCUACAGCAGCAGCAACAGCAUUUCCUACAACAACAACAACAACAACAACAACACAUGCAACAGAUGCAUCAGCAGCAGCACCUGCAGAACCAGCAACAGGCUCUGCAGCAUCAGAAUCAGCAGGCCCUGCAGCAACAGCAGCAGACGACGAAGACAACGCUACAGCCUCAGCUCCAGCAGUCUGCUCACAUUACCCAGCUGUUUGGACACGAGCUGGGACAAGAAAUUCCACAAGACGGCUUCCUGUUAGGCUGUGUGUUUGCUAUUGCUGACUACCCAGAACAAAUGGCUGACAAACAACUCCUGGGCACAUGGAAGAGGGUCAUCCAGGCGUGUGGAGGUACUGUUGACCCAAACCUGACCAGUCGUUGCACACACCUGCUGUGUGAGAGCCAAGUCAGUAACAUGUAUGUUCAGGCACUAAGAGAAGGGAAACGCUGUGUAACAGCCCACUGGCUCAACACUGUACUGAAGAGGAAGAGGAUGGUUCCUCCUCAUCGAACACUACAUCUGCCCUUUGCCUUCCCUCCUGGAGCAAAGCCCUGCUCUCAGCAUAUUAUAUCAGUAACAGGUUUUGUGGAUGCUGACAGAGAUGACCUUAAGCUGAUGGCCUACCUGGCGGGUGCCAGAUACACUGGAUAUCUGUGUCGCAGUAAUACAGUCCUCAUCUGUAAAGAACCUAAUGGGCUUAAAUAUGAGAAGGCCAAGGAGUGGAAGAUCCCAUGUGUAAAUGCACAGUGGUUGUGUGAUAUACUGCUUGGAAAUUUUGAAGCACUGAGACAGAUUCAACACAGCAGAUACUCCAUCUAUACACAACCUGAACCACUGGUGCCCAACCUACAACUGGUCCAGAACCUACUGACUGCUUGGAGAACACCGAUCAAAGUAUCUCCUGAAGCUUUAGUGAACCUCCAGCUGUUGCAAAAGCAAAAGAUCGCUGGUUCCACUAACCAGCCUGCAAACAAGAAGGCCAGACUGGAUGAGAUGCAGUCCCCCAGUAAGAUGCUUCCUCCAGAGUCCACUCCUCAAGUCCUGUUCACAGGCUUUGAGCCUUCACAAGUACAGCAGUACACAAAGAGGUUACAUGCUUUAGGUGGGGAAGUAGCAGACAGCAGUCAGAAGGUCACUCACCUUGUGGCCAGUAAGGUGACACGCACCGUUAAGUUCCUUACUGCCAUGUCUGUGGUCAAACACAUCGUUAGCCCCGAGUGGCUGGAGGAGAGCUGGAGGAGCCAGAAGUUUGUGGAUGAGCAGGCUCACAGUCUGAAGGAUGCAGAGGCAGAGGUGUUGUUUGGAUUCAGUCUGGAGGAAUCACUAAAGAGAGCCCACAGUUCACCUCUCUUCAAGGGGAAGUACUUUUACCUCACCCCAGGGAUCUGCCCAAGUCUCAGCACCAUGAAGCCCAUCCUGGAGAGUGCUGGUGGAAAGCUGCUGGCCAAACAGCCCUCUUACAGAAAAAUUAUGGAGCACAAACAGAAUAAGAACCUUCCAGAGAUCAUCUUAAUUUCCUGUGACAAUGACCUGCACCUCUGUAGAGAAUACUUUUUGAAGAACAUUGAUGUCCACAAUGCUGAGUUCAUUCUGACAGGAGUUCUCACCCAGCAACUCGACUAUGACUCAUAUCCUUUCCAGACAAUAUCAGCUCAGGACAAAGGGCUUUUUAUUUGACAACUUUUCUGAACACAGUUCUUACACAAAGAUCCACCUAUAUACAAUUUAAUGUAUUUGGACAGUUCCACAGUUUCUUCUGGCUUUGUUUCAAACUCAGUUUUGAAUUAAAACAAUGAACACUACAGUGCUACAGGUAAGCUUUAAUCUGAAUCUGAACCUGAUCUACAUCAAUAAGUACUGCAUUGAAGAUAUGUCUCUUUUAACACACCCACAGUUAAAGGUUUCAGCCUGAUUGUGUCACUACUAUUGUAGCCCUCUUCCCAUUCUAGGCCAAUUCCUUAAUGCAAGAAAAACCUAGACAGCAGAACACACUUUUUGUUUAUGACUGGAAAACGCAAUUAGACAACAUAGAAAAGUUAACUAAGCAUUCUGUUACAUACCGUUGCAAAUUCCAGGUUUUUCAUUCUGUUCUAGCCUGCCAUCUAAUGGCAAAGAAAAAAACUGGCAGGGCUAAACUUACUUGCUGACCAGUGCUUCCAUCUGCACUGAAGUUAUCAUUAAAGGCCAAACUGCUCGUUCAACUUUGAAAUAUGAGAUGAGCUUUUACUUUUUCCUACCCUCUUUCAAAUAGUCAGAUUGAUUGCUAUUUGUUAGAUCGGUCCUUCCUUAGAAAGAAAAAAUGAAUUGCUAGAUUCACCACUUGAUCUGGACCACUUGAUGAGGUAACAAAGAGAAUACCUAAUUCUUAGCCAAUGAACUUGUUCCUAAAACUGUCCUUGCACCAUGGAACAGACUAUUACAUACCAGCAGUAGAGCUGCUGUUUUGGAGAAGCUCUGACUCAUUUGUUUGGCCAUCACAUAAUGGCACUAGUAAAAGUUGCUCAGAUCCUUAUACUUUCCUAUUUUUUCUGCUUCAAACACAUAAAUAAUGAAGUGUAAUGUCAGCUUGCAUCAGCCUGUUAUUCCACAUUCCACUUCUACAAUUAACAUGACCAGUUUGUCAGAAACACAACUUAAGCUAAACUCAGUAGCUCCUAAUGUGUCUAUCGUCUUUUACUGAGAGAAUAUUAGCAAGGCUAAUGUUUUCAUAUCCAACGAUCUGUACUGCAGUGAUGUGUGCUCUGGAAAAGAAUUGUGUUCCUUGACAUUUACACAUAUAAGUUCACUUGAUGGUGAAGCAAUGAUUGCAAGAAGCGGAAGAGGAAUAGGGAAGCUACCUGUGUACACUCUAGUCACAUCUACUUUUCUAUGUUUUUAAUUAUGUGCAUAGAUUUCCAGUCAUUUUGUAGCCUUUUGUUACCUGUUUCAGAAUAAAUAAAUUGAUGUUAUUUUUGUGAAAUGAAUAUUUAAAUUAUAGACGAUUUAAAAAUGUUCUUGCUUUCAAAUAGAAUGUGUAAAGGCUUCAGCUCACACACUGCUUUGGAAUAAAGUUUGUGGAAAUCUC